AUGCCGUUCCUCUUAUGUGCAAUCAAGACUUUGGCUACUGCUUUACGGCACCAUGACCAUGGAAACGAGUUGUAUCAGGCUACGAUACUUAAGAUGUAUUGUGAUUCGCUUGAACUCGUCGGUAAAGCGCUCAAGGGAGCUCAAGGUGCCUUUGACACUGAGCACAGCAUCGCGAUAAUGUGCCUGGCAGUGACGGAUAUUAUAAUCCCAAAGCUGGAAUCCGGUUGGAUGACGCACGUGAAGGGCCUUGGGGAUAUAGCAGAACAUCUCGGACCGGAACCUUUCAGUAGUGGCAUUUGGCAUACACUUUUCAUUGGAUUCAGGCCUCUGCUAUUGAUCAGCUCGAUCCUAAACCGACGAAAAACGUUCCUCGCGCGAGAGGAAUGGAACACUACGCCGUUUCGCGGACAGACCGUCUCCAUGAUGCAGCUACUUCUUAACAAAGCUAGCGAGCUUCCCAUCCUUCUAGAAAGAUACUAUGAAAUUGGCGAGCUUGCCGACGCGUCUAAGAAUGUUGUUAUCGAACAGCUCUGCAAAGACUUCCGAAACUUUGUCAAGAGACUUCGGGACUGGGAACUCAGCGUACGCUCCAGAGCGCCGUCUCCUUUGUUUUGGUUGAGGCCCAAUCCCAAGAACAUAUCUCCCUCAUAUGGGAAUGUUCUCUGGUUCCCAAGCAUCAUGGUGGCGUCCAGCCUGACCCAUUACUGGGCAUUUGAGAUUAUCGCAAGACAGCAUCUCAAUAUCCUCAGCAGAGCAAUUACUGCUAAUACGGGCUGUAUUGAUCAAGGAUGUGUGAAGACUCUUACUGGGUCUACUGGUGAAAAGCCAGUAGAGGCUCUAGCAGAGAUGAUCUGCGACAGCAUGCCAUAUCUAAUGCAGCCAGAAAUGAGAUUAUGCGGUCCUGGCUCUGCCUUCUUUACCCUUACAACGGCUAUUCAAGUGUUUCGAAGUAAGGAGGAUCAGGACAGCUUUCAACUUUUUCGCUGCCAGCAGAUCGUCGAUCGCUUAGCAAAUAUUGGGAUUCACUUCCCAGUUAUAUAG